AUGGCUGUGGUGGUAUUGAUCGAUGCCUAUUGCACAUGCUGGGACAUUGAUGCAAGAGCCGAAGGGAAACGGGCUGGGCUUGUUGCCCAGACGAUUUCCGAUGUGUGCUUGGCUUUGUAUACCUUGGAGCUGGCCAUGUUUUUUCUAGUUUCUGGAUGGGUGCUAUUAAAGGAUUGGGUAGUCCAAGUUGAUAUCGCGGUAGUGGUAUGCGGUUUCGUGGAGAUAAUCCUGAGCGACGUGGUGGAUGGCAUGUUCGAAUCUGUGGGUCUUCUACGCAUUCUUCGCAUCAUGAGAAUCAUUCGCUUAUCCCGGCUGCUUCGGAAGACUCGCACUCUUCGGGAACUGCAGAAGCUGGUUCGCAUGAUGGCCACGUGCUUGAAGGCAUUGAUGUGGUCAUUUGUGUUUUGCUUCAUGGUCAUGACAGUAUGGGCGAUGCUUAUCGUUGAAUGGGUUUAUCCUCGCGUCCAGAGUUUGCAUGACAACGAGGGGCUGUUUGAAGAUUGCGAGCAAUGUGUCCGAGCAACUUCUUCAGUCAUGAACGCAAACCUCCUAUUGUUCAAAACGGUCAUUGCCGGUGACAGUUGGGGGCUCAUUGCCGUACCCGUGAUCGAGCAUUACCCAGCAACUGCCUUGCUUUUCAUGGGAUCACUUUUGACUCUGGUUUUUGGCGUCCUAAAUUUGAUUGUCGCUGUUGUCGUGGACAAUUUCGCUGAAACCAGACAGCGGGAUGUUUUGAACCUAGCAGAGGAGAUGGAAGACAACUUGGACAAAGACACAAAACUGUUGGAGGCAAUCUUUCAGCGGAUUGACGAAGACGGCUCGGGGCAGGUGACCUUUGAAGAGCUAGUGGAGGGAGCUCGCAAGGACAAGGAGUUCCAGAGCAGGUUGCGAGUGAUGGAUAUUGACGAAGCCGACUUGCAACAGCUUUUCGAGAUGUGUGACACGACUGGUGAAGGUUCGAUUGAAGCGUCUCAAUUCAUUGCACCGAUGACGAGAUGGGUUCACGAUUCGAAAACCGCAGCGCGAUUCAACAAGUACAACACGAUCCGAACGUUGCAUGCACAGGAGGAGUUUUUCACCGUGACGCAGGAAUAUUUGGAUAAUUUGUCGUGCCGGAUGGAUUGCAUCGCUCAGAAGCUAGGCUUGGAUGUUUUCUCUGAAGAGGCCUAUACGAGCUCUUUUGGGGUGGGAGGAUCAAGGUGGACCCCUACAAGGCAAGCGAGCCCCUUUUCACGGCAGACAAGCCCCUAUGCAAGGCUGAGUCCACGCCACACGACACUUGGAUCACAGGGUUCUCAAAGCCCACGUGGUCCGAGUAGUCCGCAGAGAAGUUGGAACCUGGGCCCCAGUGGGAUGAGAUUUGGCCCAAACCGAAUACCUACAAGCAAGGAGUUUUCCGACGAGGCCUUGACAGAGGAAAGGGAGGAUCAGAUGGAUCAGUCGACAUCGAAGCAGGAGGAAACCGAGGGAGUGGAGCAGCCACACAGCUCCACUCAAAUGUCAUUUCCCAAGAUUGAGGCAUUAGAGCUGAAGGCAGAAGAGGACAAAUCUCUCAAGGUGGCCAUGCAAAAGGUGGAGGCGCUUGUGGUUGACGCAACACGCUCUGCCGUAAAGGCCUCCCUGGGUGCGGUGGAAAAGGCUCUACAGGACAGACCUCGAGGUGGUGAUGACAAAGACAACAUGACGACUUUGCUUCAAAUGUUCGAAGGGCUGCACCAUCCGCCUUUUCUUCUCCACCCACAUCCAUACCCACGGCCUUAUCCACAUGGUCUACAAAGAAGGGGGACUGAUGAGACAAGUUUGCUCAGUGCCAGAAGAGGCAAAGAACCCGAUUUUACAUCACAGUUGUCUUCCAAGCGAAACUCUCAGGCCGCGCAAGAAUCAAGAUACUCGUACCGCCGGAACAGUACGACCUUUACGAGCAGUUCAGAUCACCCCUUGCCGCCGUGGCUCCGACCUAUGAGGCGUUCCCAGAACAGUGCUUCUCCUGUCACUGGACCUGGGUCGGGCAGGCCGCUCAUAGGAGGCUUCAGCCCACCAGGCACUGCCAGCUUGCAACUUGCGCAAAGGUCGGCAUUUCGAAAAGAUUCUCAAAAAGAUUCGCUCCCUCGGAGUUUGGGUGACAGCCAAAAAGACUUUGCGGACGUAGGCUAA